AUCAUGAACUCGCUGCACCGCAAUUUAUUUGUCUGUCUUUUCCACUGCAACUUGCGUCACACCACUCCGUUAACUUUUAAAAAUGCGAUUAAAUUAAGGUAACAGUUCUCAGACAUAUGAUAAAUUUGUAGAGCACUGAACAGAAUUGAAGAAAAAGAGACACAGAAACUGUAUUUAUCUUUUUCUAUACCGACUGCGAAAAAGGGGGGUCAACCCAUAAAGAUUUGUAGGGUUUUGAUGAGGAGUUUGUCGAUGAAUGCGGUGGCCAUAGCUGGGAUUUUAACUAGGGCCUUUUAUAUGGAUUCUCAGGAUAUUGAAUUUGGUAAUCCAUGGUGGUUUGUUUAUGCCGGAAUUUCGUGUUUCCUCGUAAUCUUCGCCGGAAUAAUGUCGGGGCUGACGUUGGGGUUGAUGUCCCUCGGACUUGUCGAACUCGAAAUCCUCAAGAGAAGUGGCACCUCCACUGAAAAAAAACAGGCAGCAAUUAUUUUGCCGGUUGUUCAAAAGCAGCACCAACUUCUUGUGACUCUGCUGUUGUGCAAUGCCGCUGCAAUGGAGGCUCUUCCAAUAUAUCUAGAUAAACUGUUUCACCCUAUUGUUGCUGUCAUCCUCUCAGUAACUUUUGUUCUUGCUUUCGGUGAGAUUAUUCCACAAGCAAUAUGCUCUAAGUACGGGCUUACUGUUGGUGCAAAUUUCGUGUGGCUUGUGCGAAUCUUGAUGAUAAUUUGCUGUCCUAUUGCUUACCCUAUUGGAAAAAUUCUAGAUGUCAUCUUGGGGCACAAUGAUGCUUUGUUUAGGCGACCUCAGUUGAAAGCACUUGUUUCUAUCCACAGCCAGGAGGCUGGGAAAGGAGGUGAACUCACUCAUGAUGAGACUACUAUCAUAAGUGGAGCAUUAGAUUUGACUGAAAAGACUGCGGAGGAGGCUAUGACGCCUAUUGAAUCAACUUUCUCGCUAGAUGUCAAUUCAAAAUUGGACUGGGAAGCAAUUGGGAAAAUCCUUGCUCGAGGACAUAGUCGUAUUCCUGUGUAUUCUGGAAAUCCAAAGAACGUUAUUGGACUUCUAUUGGUAAAGAGUCUUCUUACUGUAAGGGCAGAAACUGAGACCCCGGUUAGUGCUGUUUCAAUACGAAAAAUCCCUAGGGUACCGGCAAAUAUGCCUUUGUAUGAUAUUCUCAAUGAGUUUCAGAAAGGAAGCAGUCACAUGGCAGCCGUCGUAAAAGUGCGAGAGAAAGAAAAAAGCCAUAGUUCUUUUGUUGAUGCCGCAAAGAGUGGAGAAAACAAUUUUACCAACUGCCAUUCGCAAUUGACUAUUCCAUUGCUGAACAAGCAUGGUGGUAAAUUAAAUAGUGUCGUGAUCAACAUUGAGAAGGCUUCAAAAGAUGCCUCGCAUGACAAGGAUCCAUCGAAGGAUAUUGAAGAUGAAGUCAUUGGCAUUAUCACUUUGGAAGAUGUAUUCGAAGAACUUCUUCAAGAGGAAAUUGUUGAUGAGACAGAUGUAUAUGUCGAUGUGCAUAAAAGAAUACGUGUGGCUGCUACUGCUGCUGCUUCAUCUGUUGCUCGAGCACCUUCGAACCGUAGACUGACUGGUCAAAAGCCAUCAUCAGUAAGUUUUUCAACAUUUAUUCUACAGCCUUCGACUUCCAGUGUCUAAUGUUAUCCACGGACAAUCCAAAAGGAUAGCAUGUAUCUGCUUGCUUGAUGAGAAAUCUACACAUUAAAGAAUGGGUUCUGAGAGAAAUGACCUUUCCUAUGAUCAAGGUUACAUUGUUCUUUUUAAGUUAAUUACGAGAAAAAACUUGCUUAAUUUUUAGUGAAUUAUGAUUAUCGAUGACUUAAUAUUUCAGAAGAUUUUCUGAAAUACGAUAGGACCAUUUUAAGCCUGCUUAUAUAUCAACUUUCAUCAUAGUAAAACAUCCAGUAAAUCAAAAGCUUUUUACGGUAGUCUUAUAGUUGACCAUGAGGUUAUCAAAACAGAGUUCAUGGCCCUUCAGAGAAAUAUCUGGUUAUAGAUUACUGGACUUUACUUGGAUAUGAGAUAUUUUCGUAUAUUGUGAAUCAUUCAACUGUGGAUUCCUUUCUUAAUUUGGAUGUGAAAUGAUCUACUGUUAGUUAAUCUAACGAAUGCAAUGGACCUUUCUACAAACCUUUGAAAUAGUAACAGUGCAUCAUGACAGAGAGACAGGAUUUUAGGUGUGCUCAGUUUGUUCAUAUCUAGGUUUAGAAAUAUGGGGAAAGGAAUUAUUCUCUAGUUGCGAUUUACUUGCAGUUCGAGAAUUCUAAUGAAAAGGAUGCUAUAAACAUCGCAGGAUUUACUCGUGUCUUAUCUUGCAUGCAUUUUUGGAAUUUUUACAGGGAAGCCAAAAAAGCAGGGACCAAUACCAAAGAAGUUCGAUUUAAUGUCCACAAAGUCGUAAGACAAUUGGGAUAAACAUGUUUUAGCUACGUAGAUGGUUUUGUGAGUCUUGUAUAGGCACUAUAAUAUAGAUUUCCAAUGUAUUUACUUUACAUUGAUGAGCUAUCAGCUGUAAUUUCUUAUCAUUGCAUGUCUCUCAAGAUGUAGCAUUAAUGUAUCCUUGUACUAAGCAUAAGCAUUCCCUUCGGAGAAUGCUUUUUUGCAACCCAAUAUACCUACACGUAUACAUACAA